GCUAGUGGAAGAGGCAAAUAAUCAAACACCUGAGCUGCAACGCACUGUAAAUACCAAAAACCCAAGAAUGGAGCCAUCUCCCUAAAAAGGUUUUGAAAGUACUUUAGAUGCGCCAAUCUUUCCUUUCUCAUCUGUGCGACUGUGUCUUUCACAAUGUUCGGCGCUCAAUCUUCUACUCCGGCCUUCGGUACUCCCUCGUCCACCCCUGCAUUCGGGACUCCGUUGUCGACACCGGCUUUUGGUACUCCGUCAUCGACACCGGCUUUUGGUACUCCGUCCUCUACGCCGGGUUUCGGCACUCCGUCUUCGACCCCAGGCUUUGGAACCCCGUCGACCCCGGCUUUCGCUACUGGUUUUGGCUCGUCUCUCUUUUCUACGCCAUUCGCGUCACAAACGCCGCAGCAGCAGACUUCGCUGUUUCAGCAGCCGUCCACUGGCUUUGGAUUCCAGACUCCAAUUGCCGCGCCGCAAACGACGCCCUUCCCCAAUGCGCAAUUGACCACUCAGAUGGCACCUGUGGCGCCCCUUCCUUUCUCUCUCGCCGAUCGCGACAUUCAAGCAAUUGUUGAUGCGUACAAGGACGAGCCUGGAAACCCUAAGUAUGCCUUUAAGCAUUUGUUGUUCAGUGUCACUGAGCCGCAGUAUAGGGUGAAGCCUGCUGGCGUAUCAGAUAUCAUGUGGGCAGAGGCUAUGGCAAAACUGGAAGGUAUGGAUAGUACAGAUCGGGAACGUCUUUGGCCACAGCUUGUUCAGGGUUUCAAGGAUCUCUCACAGCGCCUGAAGAUCCAAGAUGAAGUUAUUCUUUCAGAUGCCGAGAGAUUGAGAACGACACAAAGCAAUGUGAAAAUGCUCCAAAGACAUUUUCAGGCAGACACUCUUCCUUGGAUUGAGAGAUUGAGACAGAAGGAGCAAAGUCUUCAGAGGCGCUUAUUAAGGGUGAUGAGAAUAGUUGAGGCACUGGAGAAUAAAGGUUGCAGGUUUCCCUUAAUGAAAGGGGAAGCAGAAUUGGCUGAGAAAUUAGCUGCAAUAACCAGGCAGCUGAAAGGAUCUGGAGCAGAGCUUUCAAGGAGAGUUCAGAACCUGCUUACUGUAUCUCGUGUACAAGCAACUGCUAUUAGUGGUGGUUCUGUUUAUCUUCCAGGGUCAACCAAAAUUGAUGAUCAGUCUCUCGCCAAUAUGCAGGAGGUUUUACAACAACAGACCGAGGUGAUUGCUAGGCUUGGCACUGUGUUGAAGCGUGAUAUUAGGGAUAUGGAAAUUAUAAUGGCGGAGGACACAGAAAUGACAGAAGAUGUGAGCUUGGGAGGUGAGAUAGAAAUCUAAAAAAUCUUGCUGAUUUUGUUAAUCAUAUUUUUUCACAUGUUGAAGUUUUGUCAUUUGAUAAAACAGUAGUAAAUUUAUUUACUGACUGAGAUUACUGUUGAUCUUGAGAAGUUUUAUCAAAUGUUCAUAGAUUUUGGUCAAA